CAAUUGUACGAAGUACCCAAAUAUCCUCUCACUACGCAGAGCCCAUCCUGCUCGAUGAGAUGACAGUUCUCUCUUGGGAAAGUCGCGAUGUACCGACUUCGUGAUUCAUGCGCGACAAGGGAGUCUCAAGCGCCGGACGACCCCCAACGCUUCCUCAUGUGGAGCGAGAGACCGUUGCCCGCAGUCGUGGGGGAGCUGAGAUCGGGCCACCGUCACACUCCGGUUCGUAAUAAUGCAGCUUUACGUAUUGCAUACCACCCGACUUGCAGGGGAGGGAGAGUUCCCGCUUUGCUAACAGCACCCCCGGAACCGCGGAGAUGUCUCGAGGAAACUUUUGGCAAUUGUUGGUUCGCCGAGGACCGAAAUUCGGGGCUUCCCCAUCUUUCUCCAACUUCUUGAUUAUUUUGUUGGGCACAGUGCGCUUCGCGCACGAAGUCCCUUCUUUGCAUUUUCCCCAGCGAGGAAGGAAAAGAAGGCAACUGGAGCUCUCACUUCGAGGCAGAUUGUCUCGUCUCCCAACACUUUCCUUUCCCCAUAGUUUUUGUGAGACCGAAUCGAUUACUAAGCUUUGCUUGGCCUCUCUGGUUUGGUCACGGCCGGUGGUUGAACGAGCAGAAAAAAUGGGCGGUGAUCAUCGCUCUUGUUCGGCCAUUCCCACCUCACCCCCAGAAACUUCAAAAGAAAAACUGGACGGUGACUCCUCAUUAGGAAGGUGCGACGGCCCGCUGGUCAGACAAAGUUGGCCCAAACCCCUUUCCGCUGCCAUUGUGGUUGUUCUGCGGGUCCGGUCCCGCACUGGACCAUCAGUCCAGAACCGAAGACGCCCGGCACUCGGUGUUGUGUGCCCCGAUCCGGGGAAGCGAACCCCAUUUCAUCGUCACCUGCCCAGCGAUGAGCGUCAUCACGAAUCCUCAUAUGUAUAUCUUUGCUGUCGUUGCUCUGUUGUUGGCCUCGGCACGAUCGCCGCUCCGGUUGCCCGCGGCCGGCGGGGUCUUAAAACUUUUUGAUGCGGCGGACGUACGCCGAGCCGGCAGUCAGGACGGGAGUCAAUGGCAAGCAAUUGGCAAGCUGUCUUGGUGCUGCUUGGCGACCAUGAGGCACCACGCCUUGCUGCGAAACUGCAGCGUGGCGGCCGCCCAAUGAACUUCUGGGCGAUGAUGCCGAUCUUACCGCCUUGGCACCAAGCCCGUUAGCGCGCCUUGGAAGGUUCGAUGACAGACGUCAAACAUGCGGUUGUUGUCCUUCAACAUGAUCGCGAAACCGUCGCUC